AUGAACACACACACGGAAUUAUGCAGGGGCUACUACAGAUGCAGCAGCUCGAAGGGUUGCUCGGCCCGUAAACAAGUCGAGCGUAGUCGAACCGACCCGAACAUGCUCGUCAUCACCUACACUUCCGAGCACAACCACCCGUGGCCCACCCAACGAAACGCCCUCGCCGGAUCCACCCGAUCCCAACCGCUCUCCAAAACCACCGCCGGCACCAAGCCCGUGGGCCCCACGCAAUCGGACCCCCCAAAGGAACCCGACACGUCAGCAGAUGACCCAAUAACCCACGCGAAAGUCGAGACGCCGCCUCCGCCGCUGCCCGACGAGCCCGAAUUUUUCGACGACGGGUUCCUAUCGGAGGCCGGGGCGCUCGCGCUGCUGCCCGAGGACAGCUUUUUCGCGGACUUGGGGGAGAUCGAGGCCGAGCCGCUAGACGAGCUUUUCGCGAGCGGGUUCGGCGGCCCGGGGACCGAGGAUUUGGACACGUUCGGAUUUUACGAUUGGGCGGCGGAGGACAACGGCGGUGAUGAUGUGGCACCGGCGGCCCGCGGUGGUGGUGAUUUGGGUAAUUCUUGA